UGAGGGUCACGUGGGCGGGCCGGAAUCGGCGCGGGACUCCGAGCCGCCCUCUCAGUUGGACUGGGUGGCUCACGAUGCGCGGCGGCCAGGGCGCUAUGCGGGCCCCGGUGCUCCAGUUCACCAACUGCCGCAUCCUGCGGGGCCGGACGCUGCUCAGCGAGGACCUGUGGGUGCGCGAGGGCCGAAUUCUGGACCCAGAGAAACUGUUCUUUGAAGAGCGGCGCGUGGCCGACGAGCAGCGGGACUGCGGAGGCUGCAUCCUGGCUCCCGGCUUCAUUGACGUGCAGAUCAACGGUGGAUUUGGGGUUGACUUCUCUCAAGCUACGGAGGACAUGGGUUCAGGGGUUGACUUGGUGGCUCGGAGGUUAUUGUCCCACGGAGUCACUUCCUUCUGUCCCACCUUGGUCACGUCACCACCGGAGGUUUAUCACAAGGUCCUUCCUCAGAUCCCUGUGAAGAGUGGUGGUCCCCAUGGGGCAGGGGUCCUCGGGCUGCACCUGGAAGGCCCGUUUAUCAGCCGGGAGAAGCGUGGUGCGCACCCCGAGGCCCACCUGCGCUCCUUUGAGGCCAAUGCCUUUCACGACGUGCUGGCCACCUAUGGGCCCCUGGACAACGUGCGCAUUGUGACGCUGGCCCCUGAGCUGGGCCGCAGCCAUGAGGUGAUACGGGCCCUGACGGCCCUCGGCAUUCGUGUCUCCUUAGGGCACUCAGUGGCUGACCUGCAGGCGGCCGAGGAAGCUGUGCAGAGUGGGGCCUCCUUCAUCACCCACCUCUUCAACGCCAUGCUGCCUUUCCACCACCGUGACCCGGGCAUCGUGGGGCUCCUGACCAGCGACCAGCUACCCCCAGGCCGGCACAUCUUCUACGGGAUGAUUGCGGAUGGCACGCAUACUAACCCCGCUGCCCUGCGCAUCGCCCACCGGGCCCAUCCCCAGGGGCUGGUGCUGGUCACCGAUGCUGUCCCUGCCCUGGGCUUGGGCAAUGGCCGUCACACACUGGGGCAGCAGGAGGUGGAAGUAGAUGGCCUGACAGCCUACGUGGCUGGCACCAAGACUCUGAGCGGCAGCAUAGCCCCCAUGGACGUCUGCGUGCGGCAUUUCCUGCAGGCCACAGGCUGCAGUGUGGAGUCGGCUCUGGAGGCUGCGUCCCUGCACCCCGCCCAGCUGCUGGGGCUGGAGAAGCGCAAGGGCACCCUGGACUUUGGGGCCGAUGCAGACUUCGUGGUGCUCGAUGACUCCCUCCACGUGCGGGCCACCUACAUCUCAGGCGAGCUGGUGUGGCAGGCGGAGGAGUCCAGGCAGUGACCGAGAACCACGGCUGGAGAGGAUACCCAGUCCCCACAGAACACUGUCAGGGCUGGGCCUUCAAGGAGCUGGUCUCUGGGGAGCAAGUGGGAGCUCGGUCCCAGGCGGAGGCCUUGGCCCUGGAGAUGCCGGCAGGAUAAAUGCACACUCCAGAGA